AUGUCCAUCUCAUCUCCAUCACAAUGCUCAUCUCUACAUCCAAUGGCUAAAAAAGACAAGAAGCUGAAAGAGGCCAAAAAGGCCCGUACAGCAGAGAAGCAAAAGAAAAAUGCCUCCAAGUCGGAAGAAAAGAACAAAAAAAUGGCCAAGAAGAGAGGCGAUGAAGAGGAAGACGAGGAUAUUGACGCCAUUUUGGAACAAUUCGCCAAAGAACAGGAAGAAUUGACGGCAGUGAACAUCGAGGUAUGCGAAAGACCGUCCAAAAGACUCAAUCCAUCGAUGGCAGCAUCUCCGCUUCAAGGUAAGCGUGAGUUGAUUCUCUUUGGUGGAGAAGUGAGCGACGGAAGUGUUUCCAAGUUUUACAACCACUUGUACACAUACACCAUCGAAAACAACAUCUGGAGAAAGUACACCUCCAAAAAUGCGCCAUUGCCUCGUUCGUCGCAUGCUAUGUGUGCACAUCCAUCCGGCGUAGUGUUGAUGUUCGGUGGAGAAUUCUCGUCUCCAAAACAAUCCACAUUCUACCAUUAUGGAGACACCUGGGUACUCGAUGCGGAAACAAAAGAGUGGGAGAAGGUGGAGACUAAGAGGGGGCCCUCUGCUAGAUCGGGCCACCGUCUCUGUGCUUGGAAAAACUACAUCAUUUUACAUGGCGGGUUCAGAGAUACUGGUGCCCAGACUACUUACCUCCAAGACAUGUGGCUUUUCGACAUUACCACCUAUAAAUGGACACAAGUCGAAUUUCCACCAGCACACACCAUUCCUGACGCUAGAUCUGGUCACUCGUUGAUUCCUCAUGCGGAGGGAGCAGUUCUCUAUGGAGGCUACUGCAAGACCAAACUCAAAAAGGGAUUGCAGAAGGGUAAAGUGUUGACAGACUCCUGGCUCAUCAAAAUGAAAGCAGACCCUAAGGCAAUCAGAUUCGAGAGACGUAGGAAACAGGGAUUCCAGCCCAGUCCUAGAGUCGGCUGUUCCAUGGUCUCCCACAAGAAUAGAGGUAUCAUGUUCGGUGGAGUUUACGAUGUUGAGGAAAGCACAGACAACCUUGACUCUCAAUUCUACAACUCUAUUCAAUCGUACCAGACAGAAGCCAACAGAUGGUAUGCGUUGAACCUCAAACCUCGUAAGAAAAACAAAGCAAAGCAGGAACCAAAGGAGCGCUCAAGAGACAAUGAAUUGGAAGACAUUCUCAAUUCGAUCUUGGCUAAAGCCAAAUUAAAUGAUGAAGACGAGAACGACAAAGAUGAGUUAUCUCAAAUUGAGAUCUUGAGACAAUUGGAGGAGCGUGAGGAAAUGGAAAACGAGAAAAUCGAAUUUCCGGUGGUCAAUCAAUUACCUCAUCCAAGAUUCAAUGCUACCACCUGUGUUGUCGAGGACACUUUGUACAUCUAUGGAGGAAUCUUCGAGAGAGGCGAGCAGGAGUUUAACUUGGACUCCUUGUAUGCCAUUGACCUUAAUAAGUUGGACGGUGUGAAAGUGCUUUGGGAAGAUUUGUCCGAGCUAGAUAAGAGCGCCGUCAAUUCUGACGAUGAAGAUGACGACGAUGAUGACGAUGAGGACGAUGACGAUGACGAUGACGAUGAGGGUGAUGAGGGUGAUGACGAUGAGGAGGAAGAAGAGGAAGAAGAAGAAGAGGAUCAAGAUUCCGAGCAAGAAGACGCCAUUCCUGACCCUCGCCCUUGGCUUCCAGAGCCCAAGCCAUUCGAGAACUUGCGUGCUUUUUACAUCAGAACUGGCCCUCAGUUUUUGGAGUGGUCUAUUUCGAGUAAUAGGGAUGCAAGGGGUAAGUACCUUAAGAAGGCGGCCUUCGAUUUGUGUGAGGAUAGAUUCUGGGAGAGAAGAGAGCAAGUCAGAGCUGCUGAGGACCAGCUCGAGUCGCUAGGAGGCGUUGGAGAAGUCAUCGAGAAAGACUUGACCAAAACAAGUAAGAGAAGAUAG